AUGGAUAUCAACGAUCUCGCGUUCAACCAGGACUUCUCGUAUAUACUGGUUUCGUCGGCCAGCGGGCAUAAAAUCUUCAAUUGCGAGCCGUUUGGCGAAUUCUAUUCUCUGUCUGCUAAUAAAUCAGUUGCCCAGCCCACAGCAAUACUAAGGAUGCUCUUUUCGACCUCGCUCACCAUCAUUGUUCCCAAAGGACCUUCAGGAACACGGAUCUUGCAUGUGUACAAUUUGAAGCAGAACACUAAAAUCUGCGAGUUGACGUUUCCGCUGGAUAUUGUAGACCUAAUGCUUAACAGGAAGAGGCUAGUGGUGUUCUUGGAAGUGGGCCAAAUAUAUAUCUACGACUUGAGCAGCAUACGAGUCGUCAAGAUUUUGGAUGUGAAUAGCCUUCUCACAAGCGACGGCAAGAAAUUGCCGGUUCUGGCUGCUCUUAGUGCGAACGACAAUUCGUUACUCGUACUUCCAAUUCUGUUGAUAAACACCCAAACGGACCUUUUCAAUUCUGUGCCAAGUACUGGAGGCUCCAAUAGUCAUCCGAAUACGCCUGUUCUCCGACCAACAGACUCGUCUGUACUACAGACUCUAGGCCAGUUUGUUGAAUUUACACAGAAAAACAGCGACACCAACUUGCUCAAGGCUGAUGUAGUCACGCUAGAAGAUAUCCAGAGUGACUCGCCUGGUUGGGUUCUCGUAUAUGACACCAUCAACUUGAAGCCCAGAUUGGUCUACAAAGCCCAUGAUGCGGCUAUAGCUAAAAUUGCCAUUUCACAUGACGGAAACUACAUUGCAACCGCUUCUCAAAAAGGGACCAUUGUUCGGGUAUGUCACGUUUCGCAAGAUCCAGUUUCUGAAUCCUCCAAAUUAAUCAUUAGCCUUAUAACCAAUCUUCGGCGCGGCCAUAACCACACCACAAUCAAUGCGCUACUGUUCAACCUGGACCUGACUCUUCUUGGCUGCAGCUCUGACAGUAACACGAUCCAUUUAUUCACAGUGAAGGAAAGAGCUACCGGAGCCGAAAACGCGGAUGCCGCAGACGAUAAUGAGUAUUCGUCUGAAGAGGACUCCCAGGGUGGCAAAUCAUCCUCAGAGGAUCUAAACGAAAACCUUGCCAAUUUGUUGCUUCUGAAACAGCCUGAGAGCACAUCCAAGGGCAAAGAAAAUAAGUCUACCUAUUUUUCUGCCCUCAAAAGCUCCAAGAAACUAUUGAACAAUCUGUACACGAAGUCGCUCAUGAAGAAGUUGCCAUAUCGCAAUUACCUUGAUAGCUUAAUUUGGGAAAAGCCGCGAAGAUCUUUUGCAUACGUUAAGCUACCUGAAUAUAUCCCCAACAGUAAGCAUCAUAAAAAUGUCGAGAUUGGUUUCACAAGCUCAGGACUCUUGAUGUUGGCGUCAUACAACACUGGUAUACUCUACCAGUACAGGCUUCCCCGCGGCGCUGGAGAUGAAAGAGAAGAAUGCGGGCUCAUGUCUCUGAAUAGUCUUGUCGAUGUCUAA